CGUCGCCGCACAACCAAGGAGCAGCUCACUCUACUCGAGGGCACCUUCAAGAGCACGCCCAAGCCGUCUUCGGAGCUUCGCAAAUCCCUGGCGUCCACACUCGGCAUGACCGCGCGCGAGGUGCAGAUCUGGUUCCAGAACCGCCGUGCAAAGCAGAAG